AUGCGCGUUUGGGUGCUGGCAGUUCUGCUGGCGGCCCAAGCGGCCCGAGCACAUCCAAGUGACCGCAGCAAGUGUUCACUGGAGUGUUACGCCCUCUGCAUGCAGUCAGGCACGGUUAGUUGUUCUUCAGAGGUGUUUUCUGCUUGUUUCGGGCUUUAAUGAGCACUUGGAUUCCUUUUUUGAGCACUGACAUUUCGUACAGCUAGGGUUUUCCUUGAAAAAUCUCAGAAGUUACAAAGUUUUUAUAGAAUCAACAGUAUAAUCGGUAAUAGGUGCGUAUAAUUAGAUUGAAAGCUCGUUUUUGCCUACCGCGCUAAGCGUAUAAAAGGACAAUGGCCCCAGGUUUUUUAAGUCUUGGACGAAGCUCGCAUUUCGUUUUGCGUAAGCUAAUUGUCUUCUCAGACUAGCCGAAAAAUAGAAAGUUGAUUCGUAAACUAGCCAUCAAUCCAGAGAAAAAGUUUUGCAGCCCAAGGCCGCGACAUGCAACUGUCCGUCCGAGAAGAACGCCCUUAAUUGCUCUUCCGUCGACGCUGCCCUCCUUCGCGGUUCGCUUUCGCUCUAAAAGACUCACCUGAUUUCCUGAAACUGAGUAUGUUCAGCGCCGACGUCGGAUCCGACGGACGCCGCCUCGACGGAGUACAUCGACGCUCACACGAUUCGCGCCCGCAUCACUCCGCAUCCUGCCGCGUUCGCCUACAUCUUCGAGUACUCCACGAUCAGCACGAUGCCUGAUCUUUGGCAUUUCGCCGUUAGUUUUCUGUCUUCAAGUAGACGAAACUCCUAGGACGGUUCAUAUUCUCAAAUAUUUAUAGUCAAUUUUUUCCGACUCGAAAGACGAGAAAGGUAGAUUGGGGAGGGUGAAGCAUUCCGUCUGCGAGGCGACUUUCGGCGGAGAUCAAAUGUAAUCACGGAAAAAUCUAGACAAAAAUAACCCUUUCAAGUCGUGAAGGAUUGACUAUAUCAGAAGUUUCAUUCAGGACAAAUACCAAAGACAAAAAUCUCAAAUUAUUUUUCUAGUUCUUCGAAAACUUUAUUUUCUAAAAAAAUAAUGAAAAGUUGAUGUGCGUCGAAAUUGAAAACUGCUGUUCUUUCACGCUUAGAAAUGAUCGUAAAAGACGCAAUAAAAUUUUUUUAACUUUUUAAAAGUUACAAAAAUACUGAAAAAAACGAGAAAAUCAGAAAAAUAAUAGCAACCACUACUUGAGGCAUUGAACAGGAAAAUAUAUCUCAAAUUUGAAGGGGUUCCUGAAAAAUUGAUUUAAAAUCGUAUUCAGUUUUGAAUAAUGGUCUCUUUUUCGUACUAAUUUAUGAGAAAGUAGGUUAGAAAAAGAGCUGAGGCUUCUCAUGUUUGUUCCGAAAUCUGCAAAAAAAGGAGCGUGUGAAAAAGAAAAAAAAUCUUUAAAAUUUUUUUUAAAUUCAAACUUUUAAUUAAGACGAAACACUCUUGAAAAUAAUCGUUUCAAAUUUUUCCCAACUAAUUGGUUUCAUGUCCAGGGAGCGUCUGAAAACUCCUCAAUAACUUUUUCCGUGCUCGACUCGUGUCGCGAUUAUCAAAUGAGGUAUUGUCUCGCAACUUUCCUUUUUUGGCAGCCGAGAAACAAAAAGUCUUUCAGAACUAUAGUAGUUCUACGGAGCUCAGACCCGAAAGAAAUGUUCGAAAUCAUCCGUCCACAGCCGAUUUCUGUUCAGCUGCCGCCGUUCGUCCUCACUAGUCAACAGGUUGGAUUUCCAUACUUUUUCGAAAGGAACUAUGUCCCAGAUCAAAGUCGAGACUCCGACGGCGACCAACGGCAGCCAUGGCGCUAUCAAGGCUUAUAUCCGCUGGUCCUUGCCGAGGUCUGUUCUGUCUCUUGAUCAUACUAGUUGUUUUAGGGGCUACUCAGACGGCGACAUUUACGGAUACGAGGCGCCGGCCUUGUAUCCAAUCCAGUGCAGCACGCCGGAGGACGAGCUCCCCCAGCCGAAAAUAGUUCGUUCUCUUUCUAUCGUUUUAUACUUCACCCAUAUUAUUUUCGUAUGUUUGAAAAAUGAUGGCGACGACACUAUUGGACUUACUGUAACUGAAAUGAGGAAAAUUGCCCUGCGUACGCUUGCAGCCAAAUUCAAAGAACUGGUAUAAGUUGCCCAGUCUGAGUCUCAGUUUCUUUGUGCCCUCCGUUCUUUCAUCGCACAUUUCUGAGAACAUAGGAUAUAACAGGGAUCAUAGAUUUUCUAAUUAAAACUCUAAAUAAGAAACUUUUCUAGACCGCACAUAUUUCCUCAACGCCUUCUCAAAAAGAUAAUAACGUAAAAACUAUGACCAAGCUCAUCAAAACAGUCAUUGUCAAGAACGAGUUUAAUCUUGUUUGAAGACCUUAUUUGAAAGAAUGGAGGCGUAACGAAGAAAGGACUUUCCAGAAAUAUUUUUCGAGUUAAUGCGAGAAGAGUUAUUCUGGGGUUGAUUCGUCUCUCGAAGGUCAUUUUUCGAAAUGCAAAAAGAUCUUUGGAUGUCCCACGUUACAAUACUUCGAUUAUCGAUUGUCGGAAAUCUCAACAAAUUUGCGGAGCUCUUUUUCAGGGUUCUAAUUAAUAAUGAAUUGAGGAAAUCGUGAGAAGCGGUGGAAGAUUAGCAGUGACGUUGCCCUCGUCGGUGCUGGAAGCGAGAUGUCGGAUGUGGGUAGAGGUGCGGAUGCUCCCCAGGUGACCUCCUCUAUAGAAACCCACCCAUGAUCAUCUUCAGAUGCGUGAGACUCGAGCCUUUCAACAUCCAGAAGAACAUCGAGAUCGACUGCGACAAGAACGAACUCGAAAUCUGCAACAAAGGUGUCCCUACUUCUCUUCUUCGCUCAUCUUGCCUUCCAGACCUCAAUCCGAUGUGCACAGACAAGAUCGAAGUGAGCGGAGAACGAGGCAAGGCCAAAGUGUCUUGGCAGAGGCCCAAGCAAUCGCCCGUCUACUAUCAUGUCCGCUACGGACCCGCUCAAAUGAAGGUUAGUGCAGUGCACAGACGACUCCCACAUCUUCCUUAGAUUCAUCUUUUUUCAAUGUAUCAGUAGUGGACAGCAUUUCAUUUGGUUGGAUGACAAUAUCAUUUGAAUCAGAAAUUUCAAAGUUUCAAAGUGUUAUAAGAAUAACUUCAUGACAAAAAUGUACAUCUCAGAAAAUGAUUAAGGGAGCUCCUCCAUUCGUCUCAUGGCAGCUGGCCGCAAAACGGGAAGUCCGUAUUGAUGGAACUCUUUCAAGUUUCUCUCUCGACAUUCCUGAAAAUGAAGAUUUUGGAGUUCAGGUGAGUUCCUUCGAGGAAACUAUCACUCGAGAAACCUCCCAGGUCUGCGCGAUUAUGUCGAAAAAGCGAAAAAGGCCCAAAUUCGGAGUCGUCAAAGUGGUGCCGUUUCUCUGCAGCAGCUGCUUCAACUCCCGUUAGUUCCGUUUUCUCUUCUCGCUAUUGUCUUUCAAUUAAGCGGCCGACACUGUCGGCCGAUGCGGCGAGUGCGGCAGAAUAGAAGGUUCGACGGUCCUAGAGAGCCGCUGGAGAGGACUUCCGUUGGCGACGACGGCAGCUGCAGAAAUCCAGCCUCCGGUCUCUCCGGCAGCCCAGCCGACCGUGUUUGGCAUCGAAACAGAUCUGAACAUUGCAGAUAGCGCCCAGAGCGUUCCAUUCAUAGCGAAAUCAGACACGGUCAGUCUUUGAGAAGACAUUUCCGGCAUGCAUCUUUGUUUCAGCGACAUUCUACUGAUUCUCCAAUCCAACUCAAGCGAGCCGAAGAGAUCAACAGUGGCAAAGAAGAAGAAGAAGAAGAAGAAGAAGAAGUAGAGGUGGAGGAGGAAGUCGAAGUUUCUCUGAGCCCCGCAGAAAUGUCUUCCUCUUCCACCACAACUGAAGCUCCGAGCACGACAACCUCAACGACUACUACAGAAGCAGCGAGCACGACGACAAGCACGGCAGAGACUUCAACGAAACCAACGACGACGAGCGUCACACCGAAGUCUGUGACGCGUGUUGUCAACGUGGAGGCCGAGUUGCACCCUCCUGGAACCGCUGUAAAUGAUAAGAACGUACGACGGAAAGAGUUGAACGAGGAAAUAGAGAAGUCCGUCAAAAACUUGGAAGACGUUUUGAAAGAGACGGAGGAUAUGAACAGGUCAGUAAUGAACAAAAUUCUGUGGAGGCACUCAAUUUGAUCUCUAGGAACACGAAUGACCUGACAGCUGUUGUUGAUCCAGAGCUCUCGAACCUGACACAUACAGCGUUGAGCGAAGAAGUGGAAAGAAAAAUCGAAGAGGCCGCGCGCAAACUCCAAGACAAGGUUCCCUAGAAACGCAAAAAAGGGUUUAUGAAUGAAGGGCAGCUGACGUCGUUGGUCGCGACGUCUUCGGAAGUGCGUCUGCACGAACAGAGCAAGAAGUGUCUGCUGAGCAGCGGCGCCGUCUGCGAGUUCGGCUGCGUCGACCGCAAAAAGUGUCGGUGUCCCAACGAGAGCCACGUUCAGACCGCGGAAGGGACUUGCGUUAGGACGGACAGCCUUCCACGCACCGUCUGUCUUCCAAAAAUGGAGAUCAAUGCCACUUGGGACGCGGUCACGGGGAAUGUUUUGGCGAGUCGAGAGCUUUUGAAUUGCUUAUUCAAGAUUUAUUUUAGGUCAAAAGUCUGGAAACACUUUCUCAGCUACAAAAAGUCGCAGGGGUUGAUAAAGUUUUUAUCGAGUUCGGCAAGGUUGGUGCUUUAGUGAAAGAUUUUGAAGAAUGGAUAUGAAAAACUUUUGAAAAUGGAGGUUUUGAGAAUUUUUCUCAAGUAACGCUUCACAAGAAGCCUAUAGUCUGUGUGCCACGACUUGGAAUUUCACCAAACGACAUUCCGCUGUGCCGCUGUGCGCCUUUGCUAACCUUGGUCGCGCUUUUAAUUUUUUUCCUUUAUUAAGGCACUCUACUUUCAUGUGCUUUCACAGCAAUAACAAUUAAUUGAAAUCGUGACCUAGAUUCGAAAGACGCUUCGCGAACGCACGCAGCGGAACAGCGGAAUUUUGUUUGGUGAAAUUCCAAGACGUGGCACACAGACUAUAGAAACGGAAGAAAAUCAGCGUUUGAGCUUUUUUCGUACCUUUAGGACGAACUAUUUCCUAGUACCUUACUUAUGGCGCUAGGCAAAUGAAUUCUUUUAUUUUUGAGUACUAAUACCUUCUAGGACUACCUGUCUCACAAGAUUGAACCAGUUCUGCAUUGUUCACUGCAGACACUUCCCUUGUUUUGGCCCCUUUAAAAUCGUAGAAAGAUUACUUUGAUCCAGGUAGUGUGCGUUAAAGAGUUCCUGAGCACAGUUUUUUUCGAAUCCUCAAACACGAAGUAAAGAAUUAUCUCCCUCGUUAUACUUUCUUACCGAUGGAGAAUCAAAAAAAAAGCUACAUAAAAAAAAAAACUGUUUACGGUUUAUUAUUAUAAUUAGCAAAAACGUCUCGAAACUAGAAUGGUUUCAGCCUAAUAAACUUCGAGUAUAUUCAUACCUCAUGAAUUUGAUCAGGUGAAAACGCCGACAAGUUCUACAUCGUCGAGUUCUCCGCUAACAUUCGCACAGACGCCUCCUCGCAGCAGAGUGGUAGUAGAUAUACAGGUCUGAGUACCAUUUGAGCCUCUUCCAUGCCGAGAACUCUCAGAGCUUGUCCAAGACGUCAGCUUUUUCGGAGAAGCCGUUCGUCUUCUUCGUCAACAGGUCGAUUGACGUCGGCGAGGCCUACGGAAUGCGCCUGUGCACUUUCAAUUCUUCACAAGUCCCCGUUGGUGGACGGCCAAUCUAAGGAAAUUGACCGGCUUUUUAGCAUCCGUAUGAGGUGAACUGGGACUCCUCGCCGAGUGUAGUCGACAUCGCGCAGCUGGAUCGACUGUCUCCAGUCUCCUUCACCAACCGGCUACAGCUGUCAGAAGACACGACGGACGACUACUGGAGCACUGUGUUCAUUGUGGCAAAAGUGGCUAUUCUAGUGGUGUUGGUAGGAAGGAGCACUCUGACCGUGUCUGACUCGAGAUUCUCAGGCCGUCGUCAUGUUCAUUCUCGUUUACCUCAACUGCACGAGGAUAAAGGCGCUGUACGACCGCAAACGGACGCACUACUUCAGGCCGUACUUCGUCGAGCCGCCGAUGCCGACGGCCAGCUGGAACGAGAGAAAACCACGGGAUCACUCCAGAACUUAUUAUGAACCUCGAUCUAGGAUCAUUUGA